UUUUCUCCUCAUGCAGAUGUUGAGAAUUUAAAGUUGAAGUUGGAGCGACUGCCGACUGCCAGGCGCAAAAAACGCUUAAAGCAAAUAUCAAAAGCUAAACGCAAUAACUAACGCCUAAUCCCAGCCAGUGUCUAACCCAAGAGCCUAGAUCGUAGAUCGCAGACCGCAAAGGUGGCCAAAAUGUAAUUGCAUAAAAUGAUCGCAAUGCAACUAAAACAACUAACAAACCGAAUCGACAGGCGCUUAACACGUAACUAGACGCGUCGAACCGCCCAUCUGCUCACCCGCCGAUCCGCUCGAGCUGCGAUUGAGACAGCGACAGCCACCGAUCCUCCAGUGCGAAGUGCAGAGUGCGCAAUGGCCGGGCCUCAGGUGCAGCAUACGCAGCGACCGAAUAGCGCCUACUACACAGGCCUCAAUGGCAGUGGCGGCUCCAGUGGUGGCGGCGGUGGCGGUGCCGUCCCUGGUGCUGGUGGCAUGGCUAGCAGCGCCUCACAUACGGGGCUGGGACUACAUGCGCUGCGCCAAGUGUCCAACGAGACGGAGCUAAUAUAUCGCGGCAGUCACAGCAAUGGCACGGUUAACGAGCUGCCCGGCGCCGGUCAUGGACGCCAGCUGCCCGGCGCCAUGGGCAACAGUCGCAUCAUACAGCAGCAGCCGGCGCACAGUUCGCGCGACAACAUCGUAAGCAGUAUUGCGGGCACGGGCAGCUGUGCCACGGAUGCACUAAUUGGCACGAUUGCCACCAGCGCUGGAGCCGGCAGCAGCAGCGCUUUGGCAGCGUUUGGCAGCAGCGGAGGUGGUGGUGGUGGAGGUGGUGGUGGUUCUGGUGGCGCCGGCGUCCAUCUCAAAAAGUCCAGCACACAGCGCAGCAUUGAGAUCAUUGUGGAUGCCACGCAAUGCGGCAAGGAGACAGCCGAUACGGACGAUGUGGAGCAGGGCGAAGGUGGCGGCCAGGAGUCAUCCUCAUCGGUGCGCAAAUCCUCGCGUCACCGCCACCGGCCACUGCAUCGACGUCUGAUCAGCUAUCUGCGUAAUCUGUUCCAGGGCAGCGCCGCACAGAAUGCACUGACUGCGCUUCUCUUGGCCUGGGGCUGUAUCUCCAAGCAUUCCGAGCUAGAAGAAUUUGAGACGCCGGCUCGUUACAGACCAGACUCGCUGAGCGCCCUGAGUCGGGCCACCCGCUUCACAGAGGACGAAAUCAAACGAAUUUAUCGCGGUUUUAAGGCUGAAUGCCCAACGGGCGUCGUCAAGGAGGACACCUUCAAAGUGAUCUACUCUCAGUUCUUUCCACAGGGAGGUUCGUGCGCAAAUCCGACAUUAUACGCACAUUAUGUAUUUAAUACCCUGGAUCAGGAUCACAGCGGCAUUGUCAGCUUUGAGGAUUUCGUUCAAGGACUUUCGAUACUGUCGCGCGGUUCCGUGGAGGAGAAACUGCGCUGGACCUUCUCGCUAUACGACAUCAAUGGCGACGGCUUCAUUACGAGGGAAGAAAUGACUGACAUUGUGACUGCCAUAUACGAGCUAAUGGGCCGCCUGCCCGACGAAUGCCCCGAGGAGGAAAAGAUCAAGGGCAAGGUGGAGCAAAUCUUUCAGAAAAUGGACAUUAAUCGCGAUGGCGUUGUGACGCUGGAGGAGUUUUUGGAGGCGUGUCGAAAUGAUGAUGCCAUAUCCAGAUCUAUGUCCGUCUUUGAUACAGCAUUCUGACCAUAUCCGACUGACAAGG